UGGGUGUAGUCCAGACUGGGUACCGGAGAGCGUGACGUCAAGGGAGGAGACGGAUGAGUCUGUUAGCCUCAAACCCUCAAGUCCAACCAUUCCAAUGGAUCCAGAAAUAUCUACCAAAUUUCCAUUCAGAUGCAAAAUGUCAAAACGGAAGACCAUUAUAACUGUGAUCUUGGUCAUUACAGUUAUAGCAAUUCUUGUGGUUUCCAUUUACUUUGUGAAGGUAGCCAUCGAUACGUAUUAUUACUUCUGCUCCAAAACUUUUAAGUUCAUCCCUCGUGAUUCCCAAUGCAAUGGAAUCUUUGAUUGUUCUGAAGGUGAAGAUGAGCUGGAGUGUGUGAUGAACAUUACAUUCAGAGACCCUUUCCCGAUGCGAAUCUAUGGAUCCAAAUCCAUCCUUCAAGUGAAGGAUUCAGGAACCCAGCAAUGGAACAGCAUCUGUUAUGACAACUGGCGACCCAGCCUUGCAGAAGUAGCGUGCAAGCAGCUGGGCUACUCAAAUAGCCCUGUGGGUAGUCCUGUGGACAAGAGACUCUGGCCCUCGCACAAGAUAAUCGACUUCAGCAAAGUCACCAACCCUGUCUCCAUUCAGAAUGUGUUGAUGGAAGGGUCUUGCGCUUCCGGGAACAUUGUGUCUUUGGUCUGCGCACGAUGUGAGCGGAGUGGCACUGACCGGAUUGUUGGGGGUACAGAUGCCAGCAUUGACGAAUGGCCCUGGCAGGUUAGCCUUCAGUAUAAGAAUCGGCACCUGUGUGGUGGCAGCAUCAUAAACCCCCAGUGGAUCCUAACUGCUGCUCACUGUUUCCCAGAGGAGUAUAAUCAGAUUGCAAACUGGAGAGUGUUUGCUGGCAGUGACGUUCUGUACUCUGGGGGAAGCACCUUCUCCAUUAUGAAAGUUGUCAUCAAUGCCAAGUACAACCCAGUGACCAGUGACUACGACAUAGCCCUCAUUAAAGUGAGAUCACCUUUACCGUACACAGAUUACAUUCGUCCUGUUUGUUUACCUAACUACGCUUCUCCAGUUCCAAAGAAAAUUUUGGCAUGGGUCACUGGUUGGGGCUACACUAAAGAAUUUGGUCAAGUGUCAACAGUGCUUCAGCAGGCGAAUGUAUCGGUGAUUGGACGGGAGAUUUGCAACAGUCUGCAGUUCUACGGUGGGCAGAUCACUGAGCAAAUGCUGUGUGCAGGCUACCAGGCUGGCCAAGUGGAUGCAUGCCAGGGGGACAGUGGGGGUCCGUUAGUUCUUCGUGUGAAGAAUUGGCGGCUAAUCGGGAUUGUGAGUUGGGGCAGUGGUUGUGCCCGGCCAAAUCGUCCCGGAGUUUACAGCAACGUGGGGGCAAUGCUGGAUUGGAUCUACCAUGUCCUAAAUAUGCAGGAGUGAGAACAAGAGCUGUGGGGACAGAAGUCCGCUUUGUACCUCGACCUGGUUUCCUGAAUUUGUGGGAGACUAUUACUCUAUGCACUUUAUUGAAGAUUUUUAAGGGAUGCAAUGAUUUGACUUUGAAUUACUCCUUUGUCUUGCCUUAGCUCAGUCCAAAACGCAAGAACGCAAAACUCUCAGACACCAACUGCCUCAUGAUCGUCUACAAGGGAGUUCAGACGUGAGGUUCGGGCAAAUGACAGAAAUUUGUAGUAACUUUUUAUUUUUUUUUAAAUUAUGUGAACUGUGUUAAUUUUGAGAUUGUAAACCGUCCCAUUGUGCACUCUUCUGUGUUGUCAAUAUCGAAAAGUCUGAAAAUACAAUGGAAGGAAUGGGAUUUGUUAACUUAUCUUCCAGGGAGCAAUUAAUGUUGUUUUUGAUUUAUUCUAAAUACCUCCUGGUGGGUCAAACCUCCACAUUUCUAAAUGCCUUGCCACCAAAAAAUAACCUUUUAAUCUUUUGAUUGAAAAUGACUGAUUGGACAACUAGAAGUUUUACAAAUUCUUUCUGAUUCACAAAUUGAGGUUUGAAUUAGUCAAUAUGAUGGCCAGAUUUUUGCACAGCAGGUUCCAGGUUGUCCUAUUGAUAUUCUGCAAAGGAAAGUUUGAGCAGGAUGUAUUUGGUGAAGACCAGUGCCUUGUUUUUAUAGCCUUAUUAUCUUACAUCGUAACUUUUUAAUGUUUAUGAAACACACAUUUUAAUACUUGUUAGAAAAGCUUUGAAAGCAUUGAUGAUGAGGGAUUGGGGGUGUGCAGGUGUAUGGAAAAAACUACUUGCUACUUGAGUCUAUCUUUCUAGGAGAUCGUCACCCCUAUCCCCUUGAAUUUGAGAGCGGACCCAAAAUAAUGAAAAGGGCUAUUUUGUGUGUUUUGAUGCAGACAAGGAAUACUAGUGUUUGGAAAUGGCAACCUAUCCACUUGUUGAUAUUGAUAAGAGCCACCCCAGAUUGGAGACUUAAUGCGUAAUUUUUAUUCUCUGUCCCCUUCCAUCAAAUAGUCUUCCAGGUGCAGAUGUGCUGAAUGCAAAAUGGAACACCCUUCACGCUGCCCAGCAUAAAGACUAAUUCUAAAGCAACAAGCCAUGGCCAUUGAUUAAUUUUUGGGUGAGAUUGAAGUGGAGUGGGAGUGCCAAGGGAGGAGUAGAUUUGUAUGGAGACUGGCAAAAGCCACAGUGAGGGGAUGGAUUUCAAUAAGACUUCUAGAAGUGACUGCCAGAGAGAAAAUAGUCCUGUGUGGUCAUAUUGAUAAAGGCCGUGAGCAUAAUCCUGGUGAAACCAGAGGGUCCAUCUGAAUCUUAACGGUUUUAAUCCAGUGAACAUUGACCUGUGUAUGGUAUGUCAUUUCAUGGAUAUUUCCAUAAUGCUUCACUCAGUAAAAUGCAGAGCCUAUUUUAAAAAGGAGCUUUUGAUUUAAAGAUAUUUACUUGAAUCAGGGUCAACUCUUCUUCACGAUUGAGGCAAAGCUGAGGAGUGUUUUUAUGAACUUGUACACUAACUCGAGGAGGAGAGAAACUGGUUGAAAAUGGGGGGGCCUUAGUGACUCCGUGUGGGAAGUGCACUGCUUGGUCUGAUACCUGUCUGCGUUAGCCAGAUCCCUGAUUUCAUCCAUGGAUUCUACGGCAUUGAGUGGCACAGCCACGUCUCAAUGAGAAGGAAGCGGUUAUAUUUAGUUUGAAAGUCUUUGGUCGGACGUGGCUAUAACAAAUCAUCCAGCAGCCCUACCUCUCACUUUCCAGUGUCUCCUGCUUUGGAAUGCAUGCAUUGGUAAGUCCAAGGCUGGGCUAUGAUCCAUUUCCCCCCUCAGCCCUUUGUGUCUCCUCAUCAAUAUCCUGAAGAUUGUCACUGUCUAAAACCUGUACAUGAUGCAGAGGGAAUUAUAUGGGGGCUGAGGGAGUUGCCAUAGGGUGCACAUAAAUCCAUUCUCCAAUGAGAGAGCUGGUUCCUUUUCAUUGACUGGGGAGGGGGUGUUAAAGACUCAGUGUAUUUUUCUGUAUACAACAAAUGUUCAUUCAACCUGUUGAUCAGAGGUGACAUUUCCCGUUUGGAAGCCAACUGGGUUAGUUCCCAUCUGUAAUUUCUGUUUGGUCCAUCUUUGUGGUACUGAUCCUGGUGCUAACCUUUUCCAAAGACAAAGGUAAGUGCUGCUUUUUCUCAAUCUCUCAAUGCCACAUCCCCCUCGAGUGAUUAUAGCUUUGAUCUUGAAUGUUUGCACCAAAUUGCAUGUCAAUUCUUUUUUUUGGUUCAGUUUUUUUGAUAUCUUUGUACCUGAAUAUUCGGAUUUGUUUUUAAAUAAAUAAUUGACUAUUUUUCAA